UGUCCCUUAGAAGCUCUGCUGUCUCGACUCGACCCCAUACGCAUAAAUAACAAUAUAGGUACUGCAGCUGUCUGCAGCUGUGUCCAGGCGUUUGCGGUUUCACGGUUGUGUGUGUCUCUCGUUCACCUAUACGAAUAUAAAUUAAUAUCGAAAUUUGAGCCGUGUGCUCAAGGUGUACAGAGAAAGACGGAGCGAAGAACAACACCAAGACAUAUACAGUACAAUAUAGAGUAGUUUAUCUCUCAAUCGAGCCUCUGAUAUCUAUAUCAUAUUGUGCCGACGUCGUCAGCUCCGCUACAUAUGCUUACGCGAAUACUGAGUCGGCAUAAUCGUCACAACUUACCUCGUCAUCGACGCGUGUCGCGUGUGUUUACUAUCACCAACAGCAGCAGCAGCUCCAUAUAGUCAAGCAGACCAAAAGUCAAAUUCAUCUCGAGAAAAUGAUUGAGAAACCGGACGAGCUCGUCCAAGCUGUGUCUCUGCACAAUCCUCGCAAAUUACUUUUCAAUGGAUACGUACUACCCUUUCUGGUGCUGGAGCUUACCUGGGUUUAUGGAUGGAUUGGUAUCUAUGGCCUCUUCGAGUUCUACGAACCCGGCCUCGUUGGCGUGGCUGUCAUUGGCGUUCUGCAAAUUUUUGUUUGCCUCUGCUGUCAAUGGUCCGUUCACGUACAUACUUUUCUCAAUUGCGGUUCGGAAAGUGAUCCAUACAAAGCAACGGUUGCCAAAGUUGUUCCAACUCCCAAUAAUGGUAGUACAGAACUAGUCAGAGUGCAUACUUCUAAAGAUCAAGAACCUUGGUUCAUUUUUCAAAAAACCAAAUAUGUUUGGAAUCCAGAGCGCAAGCAAUUCAAAGGGCUCAACUUUCCAAUCAAUCAUAGCGUUGAGUACUAUUCUUCUUGGAAAGGAUAUGCAGAUGAUGCUGAGAUUGCAAAGGCUGAUCAGAGAUGGGGACAAAAUAAUCUUGAUAUGGUGAUACCUGAAUUUCGUGAGCUUUUUAUAGAAAGAGCAACUGCUCCAUUUUUUGUGUUUCAAGUUUUUUGUAUGGCUUUAUGGUGCUUAGACAGAUACUGGUACUACAGCUUAUUUACACUUGUGAUGCUUGUUGCAUUUGAGUGCACUUUAGUACAACAGCAACUGCGAAACAUGGCUGAGAUAAGAAAAAUGGGUAAUAAACCUUAUAUGAUAAUGACUUAUAGAAGUAGACGUUGGAGAAUGAUGUUCACAGACCAAUUAUUACCUGGAGAUAUUGUGUCAAUUACAAGAUCUCAAAAUGAUAAUUUUGUACCUUGCGACAUGCUUCUUUUAAGAGGUCCAUGCGUAAUUGAUGAGAGUAUGUUGACUGGAGAGUCUGUUCCUCAAAUGAAAGAACCAAUAGAAGAUCUUUCUCCGGGUAAAUUUAUAAAUAUUGAAGAAGAUAAGUUACAUAUAUUAUAUGGAGGAACAAAAGUAGUUCAGCACACACCUCCUCCUAAAAAUUCUUCAGGACUUAGAUCAACAGACAAUGGAUGUAUUGCAUAUGUUUUAAGAACUGGUUUUUCCACAUCUCAAGGAAAACUCUUGAGGACAAUACUUUAUGGAGUAAAAAGAGUUACAGCAAAUAAUUUAGAAACCUUUGGAUUUAUUCUGUUCCUUUUGAUCUUUGCAAUUGCUGCUUCAUCUUAUGUUUGGAUCAAAGGUUGUGAAGAUCCAGAAAAAAAUAGGUAUAAGUUAUUCUUAGAAUGCAUAUUGAUUUUAACAUCGGUAGUACCUCCAGAAUUGCCAAUAGAACUAUCAUUAGCUGUAAAUACUUCACUACUGGCAUUAUCUAAAUUAGGUGUAUACUGUACAGAACCAUUUAGGAUACCAUUUGCAGGAAAAGUUCAAAUUUGCUGUUUUGAUAAAACUGGCACUUUAACUAGCGAUAAUCUUGUUGUUGAAGGAAUAGCCGGCCUUGAUGGUAAAUCAGACGUUAUGCCAAUAUCAGAUGCUCCAAUUCAAAGUGUACAAGUAUUAGCUACUUGUCACUCUUUAGUACAAUUAGAUAGCGGAAUUGUUGGAGAUCCACUUGAAAAGGCUACUCUGAGUGCUGUUAAUUGGAAUUUGACUAAGGGUGAAGCUGUCAUCCCUGUUAAAAGUAGAUCUCCUGGUCUUAAAAUAUUCCAAAGACAUCACUUUUCUUCAUCUCUCAAAAGAAUGACUGUUGUCGCUGGAUACCAAACAACAGGAUCAUCAGUAGAUUCUACUUACAUCGUAACAGUCAAAGGAGCCCCUGAAACUCUUAAAACUAUGUACACUUCAGUUCCAGACAAUUAUGAUUCAACGUACUUAUCGUUGUCCAGACGAGGCGCAAGAGUACUCGCUCUUGGUUAUCGAAAACUUCCUGAUUCAACGAGUUUAGGAGAUUUGCGAAACUACAGCCGGGAGGAUUUAGAAAAAAAUUUAUCAUUUGCUGGAUUUGUGAUUAUCAGUUGUCCUUUAAAGCCAGACUCAAAAAGUAUGAUUAAAGAAAUAAUAAAUGCAUCUCAUUCCGUCGUCAUGAUCACCGGAGAUAAUCCACUCACAGCGUGUCAUGUAGCGCGGGAAUUGCAUUUCACUCGAAAACCGGAGACUGUGAUUUUAAAAAAUACCGGUAACAAAUGGGAAUGGGAAACCAUUGAAGGAAAAGUUGUGCCUUUAGAAUUAGGUGAUAUGAAAACCAAGAUUUGGGAGAAAUAUGCUUUGUGCUUAACAGGAGAGAGCUUAAAUUAUAUUAAAGACUAUGAAAGAGACUACAUGUACUUUAUUCUACCGCAUGUGAUUAUUUUCGCUCGCUGCGCUCCCAAACAAAAAGAAUUCAUAAUCACCACAUUGACUGAAUUAGGAUACACAACUCUUAUGUGCGGUGAUGGCACAAAUGACGUCGGUGCUCUCAAGCAUGCUGCAGUCGGCGUUGCUAUAUUAUCUUGUCCACCGAAAAAAUCGAAGUCCACCAAAAGCAUCAUGGACGAAUCCACAGAUUCUCCACCUGCAAUCGAGGCUCAAGCUCCAGUUCCAAGAUUAAAUCCUCGUCAACAACAGUUGCAAAAUACCAAAUCCAAAAUUGAAAAAUUAAUGAAGGAAUUGGAGGAACAGGAACAAUCGAUGGUCGUGAAGCUCGGAGACGCUUCUAUAGCAGCUCCUUUCACGAGUAGAUUCUCGUCUAUACAAUGCAUUUGUCACGUCAUCAAACAAGGACGUUGUACGUUAGUAACUACUCUUCAGAUGUUCAAAAUUUUGGCCUUGAAUGCCCUAAUACUGGCUUACAGUCAAUCGGUUCUUUAUCUGGAUGGCAUAAAGUUCAGUGACGCUCAAGCAACGCUUCAGGGUAUUUUACUGGCCGUUUGUUUCCUGUUUAUUUCUCGCGCAAAACCUCUCAAAGCCUUAUCGAAACAGCGUCCACUGCCUAAUAUUUUCAACUUGUAUACUGUUCUUACGGUAUUGCUUCAAUUUGCGGUUCAUUUUUGUUGCUUGAUCUACCUUGUUAGAGAAGCUGUUCUGAGAUCUCCAAAGGACGAUAAUAAACUAGCAGCCAUUUUAACAACUCAAAAAAAUACUACAGAACUACCCUUAUUAGAUGGCGAUGAAGAAGAAGAACCUUUCCAAAUGAACUUGGUGAACAGUACGGUUUACUUGAUCUGCAUGGCACUACAAAUAUCAACUUUUGCAGUAAAUUACAGGGGUGAACCAUUCAUGGAAAGUCUCACCGAAAAUAAAUAUCUUUUAUACAGCUUAUUAGGUAGCACUGGAGCUGUUUUUGCAUUAGCAUUUGGAAUCGUACCAGAUAUUGCCUCGCAGUUUGAGAUUGUUGAUUUUCCAAGCGAUUUCCGGAUGAUUUUAGUUCAAGUACUAGCAGCGAACUUUGUGUUUACCUACGCAGUGGACAGAAUUUGCCGAAAGCUAUUUGGCGAAGGAAAAAGUGUUAAACUGUGAUCGAAAUAGAGCAAUAUUUGCUUUUUAUAGUGGAACUGUGUUUUAUAUUUCAUUUUUCGUGAAAAUAUAUUUAUUAAAUGUUACUUCGUAUAAGUAGUUACCAAAAAUUGCAAAGACACUUGUGUGUUAUUAAUGAUUGAAUGUACAAAUGUUUAAUUAUACUGAUAUUGCUCUACAGAAAAUAAGAAUGUUAUGUAUGUGUAAUUUUGCUAGAGAUUUGUAUAAAAAGUGUAAGUUUGACUUGGUAGCUAACAUUCCAACAAAUUCAUUUUUCGACGCAAAAUAUUUUUCUCACUUUUCUUUUAAACUUAUAAAUGCAAAAAUAUUAAUGUUAAAUCCAUUCUUUUAUUGUUAAAAUCUUUCGAAUAUACUUGAGUGUACGUGAAUAUUCGUUCACUACGAAUUCGUUAAAAUUAAUUCAUCCUUUUGUAAAUGUUCUAUAAUCACAUUAUUUUAAUCUUUUUUCUCAAUCAUAGUAUUUGUUUACAUUAUAAUAUGGUAGUCACUAAAUGCUGUGCAAUGCUCACGACUUUUAACUGAUACGAUAUAAAAUGUAAGAUUUAUGUUUAAAAUUUAAUUUUGUAAAAUAUAUACACUCAUUGUAUUGUAUAAAAAUUUGGUAUAUUGUGUCGUGUUGCAGAGUCCACAAUUACUCAAAGCUUAUAUACGAAAUAUGAAUUAAAUAAUUUCAGUUACUACGAAAAAA